AUGGAAACGUCGCGCGCUGAGAUGAUGAGACUCGGAACUCUUAUUUGCGUCGUGUUUUCACUUCCCGACGUAAUGCGGACUCAAACAGGAAGUGGACACUCUGACUUCCUGUUGAGAACCAGCCAGAAGGUUGCAGGUUUCAAUCCCAGGUGUGGUCUUUAUGCUGGGUUAGCAUGUUCUCCUUUUGCAGCGCUUCCCCCUGAGUGUGCACCUGGUGGCCACUCGGUUCUGCAGGAUUCCUACCGCAGCACCAACUUCAGAUCCAGCAGGCUGCAACAGGCAGCACUGCAGGACUUCAUCUGUGACCACUCCCUCACUCCAGGCUGGUACCAGUUUCAGAUUUUUGACAAACGGGCUAGUAUGCCCACCCAGUGUGUGGAGGUGAACCACUGUGGGACUCAAGCUCCAGUGUGGCUGUCUCUGGGCAAUGGAGAGUCACUGCCAGCGCCGCUGGAGGUCCGGCAGCUGACAGCCUGUGCUACCUGGCAGAGCUUUCAGAGCAGCAGCAAAGACUGCUGCAUGUUUCGUAUCCCAGUCACCGUCCGGAACUGUGGGGAAUUUUACGUUUACCUGCUGCAGCCCACUAAGGGAUGCAUGGGCUAUUGUGCACAAGCUAAUCGGCCUCCCGUUCCGUCUGUGCCAGCUAUUGUCUCGGAGAUGAUUGAUAACACCGUCUACUUAAAGUGCAGCUUUGAGAGCAGCUCCAACAGCUCCUCUCUGGGUCAUGUGAUGACCUGGUCCCGCCUCUCACCUGAUGGCAAAAAGGAGGAGCUCAAACAGGAGACCACCAUCCAGACCUCGUCUUUAUUAGAGUUGGACGGCUUCAAUCUCAGACUGGGGGACAAGAUGUAUUGCUCCAGCUUCAGCUUCUUUUGGGAAUGGCCAGAAGUCCGCAGCGCUUCAGUCGAAAGUCCGGAAUUUUUUGCUGGAGUUAGGUUAAAACCAGAGCUGACUGGCAUAACUGAGGAUGGGAGAUGGUACCAGAUGCUUGUUGAGAGUUCGGUUCCGGUUCCGUGUCCAGAUGGAUCUUUCUCCUCUGCUGACGAAUGCAUUUUAUCGCUAGAGCUCAUCUCUAGUGGUCCAGAUGAGGGUCUGUUGGACGCAGACCUGUUUCUGUCCUCCUGUGUGGUGGAUCUGUCCCAGGGCCCCUGCAGGGACGGGAUUUGCAGCCAGGCUCUGGUGCACUUCAGUCCCGUCACAGAUUUUGUCCGAGACAAUGACAGAACCAGUCACAUCUCAGUGAAACCCAUCAUCACACAGAACUUCCUGUGGAGUGGCUAUUCACCAGAACCUGUUCAGAUAAAAGUUAAAGAUGCUCCCUCAGCUUACUGCUACUCCUUCACUGAUUCCCACGUCAUCACGUUUGAUGGCAGGCUCUACGAGAACAAUCACAUAGGAACUUUUGUUCUCUAUAAGAGCAGCUUUUGGACAUUUGAGGUCCACGUUCGUCAGUGGGAAUGUGGCAGCUUGGUGCGCGCCACCUCCUGUGUGUGCGGCUUUGCAGCCAGGAACGGUGAUGACAUCAUCUCCUUUGACAUGUGCAACGGGGAGAUGGGUGAGACUAAACCUCGGCUCUCGGUGAAAAACAGAGACUCAACUAACAGCGGCCUUCGGAUCACCGAGUCCUACCAAGGUCGCAAAGUCACUGUUACAUUCCCCUUUGGAGCCUCCAUUCGUGCUGAUGUGUCCGACUGGGGAAUGAGUCUAUCCCUCAGGGCCCCCGGUUCAGACCGAAACCACACCGAGGGUCUGUGUGGGACCUUCGAUGGGCAGCCAGACAAUGACUUCCACACAGCAGGGGGCACUGAGCUGGAGGAGCAUCAGGCUUUUUUCUCUGAAUGGAGACUCCCUCCCGGCAGCAGCCUGUUUGACUCUGUUCCAUCCCAUGAGAAAACACCUGAAACCCACAACUACUGCACCUGUCGGGUAAAUCCUCCCGUCUCCUUUCCCAGAACCCCAUCUCAGCAAACCUCCUCCGACUCCUCCUGCUCCAGUUUUGGAGUCAUCAGUUUUCCCAGUUUCAUUCCCACCCUGGAUGUCACAGCUGAGUACAUCAGCUCCAUGGAGCCGCCCACAAUAAACCAAAGACAGCAAAUAGCUUCAGAUCCCUCUAGCAAAAGUUCUCACGGUGGAAGUAGUCACAUUCCAGGCUCUUCCAGGACUAUGUCGUCCUCAACCCAGCACAGGCAGACCCCUGUACAUCUAAGUCUUAGUUGGUCAGAGCAGAAGAGCUUCUCCUACUUUUUCCCAGAAGACCACAAAGAAGCAGUUCAGCCAGAAGUCUCGCCAACUUGGCCCACACCUUCAAGCCUUACCCAGGAACAGGCCUGGGGUCAGUGCCAGCAGACUGUGGCCAACUCCAGCAUAGCUGUGGGCUGCAGGCUCCUUCUGCAGGAGUCCGUAAUCAGCCGAGCGAUGCAGAUGUGUGUCAGCGACCUGCAGCUGAAGGAUGAGCUGUUGUGGCUGAGUGGAACAUUACCACUGCUGGAAAACGAGUGUGAGAGGAAGCUGGUGGAGGAGGGUGGGAUGAAGCUGGAAUACCAAGAUGCUCUGCUCAUCCUUAGGUGUCCAAAUCUGUGCAGCGGGAAUGGCCAAUGCUCCGACUGGGGUUGUGUCUGCUUCCCGGGAUUUGGGUCGUAUGACUGCAGUGUGCUGAUGGACCAGAUUCCAGAGAUCACCAAACUGGAGAAAGACGGUUUGUGUGACAUCCAUGUGGAAGACUGCUCCACCAUCCGAGUCUUUGGUCACAGCUUCAUGGUCUCCAGAACGCUCAAGUGUGAGUUUGUUAAGGAAAAGUUUGAGGAUGGUGAGUGGCUUCUGGACGCGCCCCGGUUUGUCCCGACCACCUCGCUGAAUGAGACAGCUCUGGAGUGCCAGCUCCCUCUGGAGGACAGCCGCGAUCCUGCAGGCGUGGAUCUGGCAGCAGGGACAAAUGGACCGCUGGCUCGCUGGCAGAUUAAAGUUUCCAACGACGGCUACAGCUUCAGUAAUGCUAAGAUCCUGACUCUGUACGAUGGAGCCUGUCAGACCUGCAGCCUGGACUCGGAUGUCACCUGCAGCCUGAAGGAGAAAACCUGCAGUAUUGAUGGUUUGUGUUACAGAGAUGGAGAGUCCAGUCCCAGCAGUCCUUGCCUCACGUGUAAUCCAGCUCUGUCACAACAUACAUGGUCCAAAACUCAGAAGAACAGACCCCCGGUGUUCCAGUCGCCACGGUUUCGUCUCCGUUCCUUCCACGAGGAGAAUUUCAUCCACCAGCUCCAGGCUGAGGACCCAGAGGGCUCUGUGGUUCUGUUCACCCUGGUAUCAGGUCCAGAAGGCACAUCGCUGUCUCCAGACGGCCUGCUGAGGUGGAAAGCCACAGCAAAGCCCACAGAUACACACAUGUUCCAUUUUACUGUGGCUGACAGCUGCGGGGCUGAGAGCAGCGCUUCUGUUCAGGUGUUCGUGCAGUCCUGUGAAUGUCUGAAUGGAGCUGCGUGCAUCACAGAUGUGAACUCCCAUGCCAACAGUGGUGAACAUAGAUGUGCGUGUCUCGAUGGGUUUAUGGGACGGAGGUGUGAGGUGGAGGUAGACAGCUGCAAACCAAACCCCUGCAGACUGGGCCGCUGCAUCAACAGAGCCAAUGCGUUCACCUGCAUCUGCCCACCUGGGAUGACAGGACGGACAUGCAGACAGGAUAUAGACGAGUGCAUCUCCCAGCCUUGCUUUCCUACUGUGAGCUGCAAAAACACUCCGGGCUCCUUUUUCUGUGGAUCGUGUCCUCAAGGAUUCAGGGGUGACGGCCAAACCUGCAACCGUAAUGCAGACUCUUCAGGCAUUCCUGUGGCAACACCAGUGAGGGUACCACAGGUGUCACCAUCACCAUGUAGCUGGGCGCCAUGCUACCCUGGGGUCCAGUGCUUUGAGAGUGUGCACGUUGCUGCUGGUUUUGUCUGUGGACCCUGUCCUGCUGGUCUCCAUGGAAACGGGCAAACAUGUACAGUUUCUGGUCAGGAAGCUGGCGCUCCUGGAAUGGAGGAUCGUCUUCCCAUCCCAAAGUCCAGUUCCUCUUCCUCAUCUCCUCCUUCACACAGACGACCAGCUGACAGGAAGUGGAGACCAGAUCCAACCAGCUCUGACUUCAGAAGGGCGUUCCUUAACAACAGGGCGACAACAUCACCACUUCAAAGUCAAGCAGCAGGCCAAGAGUUUGCUCCUACUACUCAUGCAGGUCAGCCCAGCUGGGUGGAGUUGACCCCUGACCUCUACACUAGAGUCAAUUGGAGGUCACCAUCCCAUCAUGUGACCUGUGGAGAUUCUCCAUGUUUUCCUGGUGUUUCCUGUGAAGCCUCCACCUCCGGGUCCUUCAGGUGUGGGCGCUGCCCAUACGGGUACACUGGGGAUGGAGUCACCUGUAAAGCUGUGUGCCGGUACCAGUGUGGGGGGAACAUGCAGUGUACUCUGCCCAACACCUGCACAUGCAGACAUGGUUACACAGGCUACAACUGUCACAUAGCCGUGUGCCGACCCGACUGUAAGAACCAGGGGAAGUGUGUGAAACCUGGCGUGUGUGAAUGUUCUGCAGGCUACAGCGGGCCCACCUGUGAGGAAGCAAGCUGUGAGCCGCCUUGUCGCCAUGGAGGCACCUGUCUGUCCAGGAACCUUUGUACCUGUCCCUACGGCUUUGUGGGGCCCAGAUGUGAAAUCAUGGUGUGCAACAGACACUGUGAGAAUGGAGGCGAGUGUGUUUCUCCUGACGUCUGCAGAUGUAAACCCGGCUGGUUUGGACCGACGUGCAACUCAGCGCUCUGUGAGCCCAUGUGUCUGAACGGAGGAUCCUGUGUGAAACCGAACACCUGUGCUUGUCCCACUGGUUUCUACGGCUCCCAGUGCCAAAUUGCUGUUUGCAGUCCACCUUGUAAGAACAGAGGUCAGUGUAUGAGGAACAACAUAUGCUCCUGCCCUGAAGGAUACAAAGGAAAACGGUGUCAAAGAAGUGUGUGUGAGCCAACAUGCAUGAACGGAGGGAAAUGUGUUGGACCAAACAUGUGCUCCUGUGCAUCUGGAUGGAGGGGGAGGAGGUGUAGCAUAUCCGUCUGUUUGCAGAAGUGCAGGAAUGGUGGUGAGUGUGUUGGACCGAACACGUGCCUCUGCCUCGUCGGCUGGGAGGGUCUUCAGUGUCAAACACCGACCUGUAAGCAGCGGUGUCUGAACGGAGGGCGGUGUGUUCUGCCAGACCAAUGCUUCUGCCGGAGAGGCUACAAAGGUCUUACCUGUGCAAUAAAGGCUUCAUUAGCAUGAGAGAACAACAUAAAGGACAAGAAAAAAAGACACGAAGAAAGAGAAGGCAAAACAAAACAAUGGACAUCAGCGUAUUUGAGCAUCUUUGUGCACAUCUGAAUUCUUUUGAACACGUCUUCGUGUAUCUCUCUCUACCUCAUGGCUCAAACUGACCAAAUCUGCAUUAUUUCACACAGAACUAAAUUACCCCGCAUCGGUUUUCUCUAAAUCAUCAUUGUUGAUCACUUGUUGCACCUUGCUUAUGGGUUU